AUGGUCAUCCGCGCUUUCGAACUAGUCCACCACAAAUCGAAUGGCCGAUUGGAAAGUCAACAAAUUGUAAUUGCAAACAACGCAAUUAUAAAUUGUUUUAUUGCCGAUGGAGCCUUUCCCGAUGGAGCCGUGAAUGCAGUUGUAAUGUACCAACAGUUUUUUGACGAUUGCUUCAUGGUCAGUGCUGAACCUCAAACUUCAUUCGUCGAAAAUUCAAAUUUCGUAUUAAUUUUCUGUGAAGACUUGAGGGAGAUUCUACUGGAACAAAACUUUGCUCUACAAGGUUUAUCGAUUUACACUGUGGGGGAUUACGAUUCCCCGGAUUUCAUCACUUCUCCAAUCCUGGACACUAUCAAGACUUCGCUGAGCCUUAAAAGUGUGAAAAUGGUUAUUGAGAGUUUGCAUCUAGAGAUUUUUCGGAUAGAACAAGUAUUGGAUCUUCUUUCUUAUAUCAAUCUGAAACGAUUGAAUCGCUUGGUUCUGAGAAUUCCUGCUACCGAUGCUCAAGUGGAUUUCGAACAAUUGUUGGCAUUAGAUAUAUGGAGAGAGUUUGAAAAUUUUGUUGUGAAAUGGCAUACCAUUCUCAUCACAUCUCGUAUUUUCAAAACUAUUCGCAUCUGCUUUGAACACUUGGAUCACGAAAAAGUCAAGGAAAUCCUAAGUCAAAGAAUCCAUGGGAAAAUCUGUCGAUUACUCCGAGUACCGAAUAGUAUAAACCAGGUGUUGGCCACCGAAUUGGACGAGAAUAGCAUCACGGUUUCCCGGGAUCAAGAUAAAUACAAAUACGAUUUUCUUGCAACGGAUGAGGACUUUAUUCCGUUAGCAGUCAGCAGUGAUUGGUCGAAAACAUUAGAAAACAAAACAAUAAUAGAAUUACUGUUGGAUCACCUUGGUUUCAUUGAAAUUCAAACUCUCCGGAAAGUCUGCUCAAACAUUCGUACGUGCAUAGAUCACUACAAGCCAGACCCAAAUCUCACAAAACUUGGAAUAAUUGUGAAGGAAUUAUGUUAUGGAGAGGUUGAUAUCAAGAUGGGAUUCAUGGACGGGUCUUAUCGGGAAACUUCAUAUGAAAAAGUGCAAUAUGGGUGUAAAGUCGGUGAUAUAUUACUACCUGAGCAAGAUAUGCACGAAAUUUGCCUAAACGAUUUAAUGACAAUUAUGCCUCGGAAAGAAUUUCAUUUGGAAGAAUUCGAAUUCGCUGUUCCCUGCACUCGAUAUAGUCAUGUUCCGGAAUUGUUUGCCCAGAAAAAAGAGUUUGUAGAAAAACUAGAGAAACUUCUAAUCCCCAAUAAUGUGUUAAUGAAAGCCCGGAAAUUUAUAUAUUUUGAAAACUGCCACGAAACGGAUCAGAUGCCUAAUUCAAUACUGUGGUUGGAACCAAUCAGUUUAGAGCUUAUUGAAAUGCACUCAGACAAAAGAAGGGAAGCGAAAAUGAAUGAAGUGAUGAAGUUGAUAAUGGACAGUAAUCAAUGGCAGUAUGCAAAGGAGUAUGUUAUGAAAGAAUUUGCUUUUUUGGGAAAAGUUAAUCCCGAUCAAUUUGUUCACUUCUCGAAAAUUGAUAUCACCGUCGAAAAUUGGACAAACGAAGAUUUUUUCAAUUGGCAAGAGGAAGUACUCUACUCUCCGUCUUUCAUUAAAUACAAAAUUUCGUUCCGAAACUGCUCAAUCGAUAAUGACAUCUACAACUUGCUAGGAUUGCCAUUUAGAACUGUCAAUGGAAGAACUACUUGGUACUUUAAAAUGCCUGAGAAGAAUCUUGUACUUCAUGUCAUUUAUUACGCAUCAAAAUCUGUUAUUUUCACUCGUGUUGAUAUAGAAGAUGUUCCAGAAGUAGUUGUUAUGAAUUUCGAUGUUCAACUUAUUGAUUAG